GCGGAGCAGGUGGGGGCGACGGCCCCGCCUCCGCGUCCCGGCAGCCCCAGAGCUGGCGACCGGGGAGUGAGCGGCGCGCACCCAGCGCAGCGCGGCCGCAGCGGCGCCGCCAGGAACACAGGCGCUGCGAGACGCAGCCCGGAGGCUGGAGGCGGCGGCGGCAACGAGGACGUCGGCCGGAGCUCGAGUCCUGUCCUGUCCCCGGCACGGCCAGCGGCAGAGCAGAAACCAUUCUCUUGGGACCGUUCGUAAGAAAGAGACAGCAGCGCUGUGACAUAUGCCAGUGCCACCGCCACCACCACCUCCUCCUCUGCCUCCACCUCCCCCACCGCUGGGAGCUCCUCCCCCUCCCCCGCCAUCUGCACCCCCGAUAAGUACAGAUACUUCCAGCUUGAGAAAGGCAGAUCCGAAAGGUCGGAGUGCACUGUUGGCUGAUAUCCAGCAAGGAACUCGCCUACGAAAAGUCACGCAGAUCAAUGACCGCAGUGCCCCACAGAUCGAGAAUUCUAAAGGAACCAACAAAGAAGGAGGAGGUCCUGCAAACUCCCGAGGCGGGAGCACACCCCCAACCCUGGGAGAUCUGUUUGCUGGUGGCUUUCCGGUGUUACGCCCAGCAGGCCAGAGGGAUGCAGCAGGUGGCAAGAUAGGGCAGGGCCCUGGUUCCCGAGCGCCUUCUCCCCGGCUUCCCACCAAAGCUAUCAGCAGCCCACUCAACGCCCCCGCAUCUCCCAGGCUAGGCAAUGCCUCGGAGGCUCAUGGCGCUGCCAGGACAGUCCCCCCUCGCCCCAGCAUGCCCGCCCCGCCUCCUCCCACCCCGCCCCCACCGCCCCCGCCCUUACCCCCACCCCUGCCCCCGUCCUCCCCCAUCAAAGCCCCGCUGGUGUCCCCACCUGGCCCACCAGCGAAAGGGAGCCCCUCAGUGGUUCCAUCCCUGGUGGUUGCACCCCCUUUGCCCUGCACACCUCCCCCUCCGCCUCCACCUCCGCCACCUCCGCCAACUCCGCCAACUCCACCCCCGCCGCCCCCCGCCCUGGUUCCCAGUGACAAGGCAGUGAAACCUCAGCUAGCGCCUUUGCAUCUACCGCCCAUCCCACCCCCGCUCCCUCUCCUCCCACCUUGUGGGUAUCCGGGACUCCAAGCCGAUGCUGCCAGCCCUGCCCAAGAUGUUCAGGAGCCUCCAGCCCCGCCGCCCCCGCCACCCCCACCCCCCCUUUACGCCUCGUGCAUCCCCAGGUCCUCUUUGCCUGCACCCCCUUUGCCAGGCGCUAACAGCAGUGAAACCCCACCCCCGCUGCCCCCCAAAUCCCCCAGCUUCCAGGCCCAGCCACCGAAGCCCAGCGUGCAGGUGCCACCUGCCCCUCCGGGAUCUCAGACGUUCCUGCAGAAGAAAAGGCCAGGCAGAGGCGCCGGGACCAGUGGGGGAAAGCUAAACCCACCCCCGGCACCCCCUGCCAGGUCACCCACCACGGAGCUUUCAAGCAGGAGCCAGCAGGCCCCAGCCUGGACCCCGACCCAGCAGCCCGGAGGUCAGCUGCGGAAUGGAAGCCUGCAUAUCAUGGAUGACUUUGAGUCUAAAUUCACGUUCCAUUCUAUGGAAGACUUUCCUCCUCCGGACGAGUAUAAACCAUGCCAGAAGAUUUACCCCAGCAAGAUCCCCAGAAUGCUGAUUCAAUCCAACUGGCAGAAGCUGGUAAGAGGGAGGCAGAGCCUACAACAUGGGGCCGUACACCUGGUCCCUGGCUCCACGCCGAGGCGGCUGGGCAGAGCUCCGAUGACAUCAAAGGCAGAAAUGCUCAGUUCUCUCUCAAGACACUCCGGUGAGAUGACAGAUGAAGCCAAUGUCCUGUAAGCCACCUGCGGUCCGGGUGGCAGGGUGGACAUCCCCAGGAGAACGUGUGACCUCACCAUACUCAAGCUGUAAUUCAGCUGACAUAGAGGCUCUGACUAGAGCAUUUAUUUAUUGUAAAUAUGUGGUUUGCACAGGCUUUAAAUCAGUAUUAUAGUCGACUUUAAUUUGAGUAAUUUAAGAAGAAAACACAUCGUUUCUCCAUUUUUUAAAAUGCAUCUUGGCAUUCAUCUGUCAGUACAGAUAAAAGCCCUGACCCCGCCUCCCGGUUUCCAUUCCAUGAGUGUAAAUAGCGUGCGGGCUGGCCCUUGCUAGACUCUGAACCGUUCUUAGAAGAUCCCUUAGUUUCCCAAACUCAUGGUACCCACAACGGCUUCUUCUUGGCAUGAUUUUAUAUUCUCAUCACACAAACUGCAAAAUCAAACCAGAUAAUGCCUUAUAAAUGAUGCAGCUCACGGAGAGUAGUGUGUCCCCACGCCCAGACAGUGCCACACAGCCUCCAGUGAACAAGAUGCCACCUCGCUUCAGUCCUGUAGGACAGGGAUUCUUUUGUUGCCUAAUGUAAAUAAAACGCAAAACAGGUGAGAGAGUGGGCUCGGCCCCUCCCAUGCCACCGCCCCCAAGGCCCCUUUUGUAUCGAAUGAUCCUACAAGUAGCCAAUGUUCUUACUGUUUACAGUGCCCCGCGACUUUCCUCUGGUCCCUCCAAGUCCCCAUCCCCAUCCUGGCAGCCAGGGUGAGGUGAGCUGUAUGAAAUUUCGGUAUUUUCCCUGCAGGUUAGAAACCUGCAUAAGUCGUUGUUAGAGUAAAUUACUAAUUCUAUCUCAGAGGUCUUUUUUUUUUUUUCUUCCCCUGAGUGCAGGGUUUUCAUGGAAAAUAGGACACGAAAAAGUGUAGUCUGAAAUGUAUUGUGAAAUAUCCGCCUCAAAUAUCGUGCCCCACCCCCACCCUUGGGAAACCUGGAUCCACCCAUCAGGCAAAACCUAGCUCCCUCCUGAGCUGAAGAGAACCUAACUGGUCUGAGACUCCCCCAGGCCCUGGGCUGGCAGCUCUGGCUGGGAGAGGUCUGAGUUCAGCCAGCCUUGACUAUGUGACCUGUGACCACACCUCUCUCACCCUUUUCCUCCAGCUGGCAAGGGAAUGGAAAUGGGUUUUUGCUUGCUGCCUGACCCCAGAUGCUCCCCAUCCUUGGAGGGGAAGCUGUGACAGAGGAAGGAGAGAAAAUAGAAGGAAACAGACUAAUUCCUGGUCUAGGCCCAAAAUAGCUGCCGAUUAAAGGAAAUCAAGGAGGGAGAUGUGGGAAGAGCAGUGAAAAAUGUUUCCUCUGAAAUAACCCACUCACUCACUCACACCUCAAGGAGGUCAUGCCCGGACCCAGCCAUCCGAGAAGGGUACACCGUGAGGCGUGUUUUGGCAAGGGUGACCGCACCCACCUAGCUGUUGUCUGGAGCCACGACUCAGAGGGUAUCCUCCAUCACUGUCGUGCUUUCUCGUUCCAGACAAAAGCCACUGAGCAAGGUCAAGUUCCCUUCUCUGGGGAACAAAUCAUGCGAAGUUGUGACAGCUAAAUCAAUGGAAAAGAAGCUUUUGCAGGCCGUCAGCUGUGGGCAUAGCUGAUUUAUUUUAUGGGUUCUGCAAGGUUCCUGAAAGGUCAGAAUCUUUUUAUUAUAACAAUUUCUCCCACCCACCUCCCAGUUGUACAACAUAAUUACAAGGGUUUUAAUUAUCAUGAUUAAGAAGGCCCUAGACCAAGACAGUUCCACCUUCAGUGCAGACUGCCUGCCCCGAUGAGGUGUUUACACAUUCGUGUUCUGCACCUCUGGGAUGGAGAUUAAAAAUAAAACUGUUCCAGGACAGAGGGAAGGAACAAGCAGAAACCAAAAAUCGAAAUUAGGGAGAAGUCUCAGGAACCUGGCAUCAAGUGUCUCCUCCAGACCCAUCACUGAAUUCCCACCCUUAAACUCCCGCGGUGCCGGCCUCCGGCAGGACAAAGGCAUAGCCCCUGGACCACAAACUCGGACGUAAAGACAUUGAGUCACAGCGCCCCUACCAUCUCGCAUAUUCUGGCUGGCAGUGUUGUCUGUGACCCCCAGCGUUUCCCGUGUGUUUUAUAUUUAUGGAUGUUCCCCUCUGCAGAUUCAUUUCUUUGUACCUAAUAAACUUUAAUAGGUGGAAGUGCUUCCAGUCACUUCCUUCGUGAAGCCCAUCAGUGGUCACCAGCCCCCGUCGAAGCCGACCAUUUUUAGCAUUAGAAGGGCUGACGCAGGGCAUUUACACAGGACCCAACACUCACUUCAACAUCCUGUGUUAGAAACGGGGACUUUCUUUUCAGAGCUGAAAUUGCUAACUAAACCACACAAUGUUCUCCUAGCUUUUGUAGCUAACUAAACUAAUGGGUAUUUGGGUAAACCAAGGGGAAAAUGUCCUCAAAAGCAUUUUGUAAAAAGUAGAUAACACUGUAUUUAUUCAGUUGUAUUAGUAGGAAAUGGGCAGAGUAGUGCUUAGAAAUUCCACUAACCUGUGUGAGAAUGGAACAACUUUCAACCCAAAGUGCACUUAGUACCGCCCCUCAACUUAGCAGCGCCCCCUCGAAAAGCUCCUGCAUGGAGCAGUAUCAUCUCCACUUGCAUUAUCUUGUCCUCAGGUGCCCUCUUUAGAACGUGGUACGGGGGAGAGAAGGUUUACCUGAUACGUAAGUUGGCUUAAGGGGAAACAUGAGUCUGAACCUCUGUUCUCCUAGUACCUGGGCAAGCCCUUAACCCUUGGGUCACAACAGGCCCAGGCAUCAGCGCACACGCACACGCACAUGCACACACACGCACACUCCAGGGUACGAGCAGUUUGCUUAUUACAUGUGCAGUCACACGCACAGCUCUCGCUGGCUGCACCCCAGGCACUCCAUUCAGAUGUUGGCUGAGCUGCUCAGAUCACUAGCUCUGCUGCUGGGGAAGAAGGAGAGAGCAGUCAUUAAAAUUCAUAGAUGCUCUUGAAAUAAAUCUCAUCUAGAAACUAAUUUCAAAGUUAGCUGCUUCACACUUUGCAUCUGAAUUAGUUAAGGACAGACUUGUUUUAUCCGCUGUCUUGUGAGUGGAGGCAUAGAUAAACUCUUUGAUGACCAAAACGGCCCAUCUGAGUGGAGAAGAAAAGCAAUGGCCCAAGAUAACCAGCAAAGUAAAUGAUGAACUUUAAAGCCAUUGACUGAAGAGGCUGGUGAAGCGGCCAUGGUUUUAGGCACCCCUGAAGGGGUUUCGUGUGGCAGAGGUGGUGCCUAGAGGUGAGGGGAGCAACUUGACGGGAGGCUGUAGACUCCAGAAGCAACUUCCAAAUUCUCAGACCAUGCUCCAGGAGGUUGUGGCAUCCAUCCUUCACGUACCUGUUCUGUUAUGGAUUGAACUGUGUCCUCCAAAAAUGCAUACGCUGAAGUCCUAACCUCAUACUUUAGUAAUCUUAUUUGGGAAUAGAGUUGUUGCAAAUGUAAGUUGAGAUGCGGUCCUACUGAAGGAGGGUGGACCCCUAGUCCAUUAUGACUGGUGUCCUUAUAAAAAGGGGAAAUUUGGACACAGACACAUACACAAGGAGGAUGCUAUAUGGAGAUGAAGAGAGAGAUCAGGGUGAUGCUCUUACAAGCCAAGAAAAGCUGAAGAUUGCCAGCAAACCACCAGAUGCCAGGUGAGAGGCAUGGGACAGAGACUCCCUCCCAGAGCUGAGAAGGAACCAAUCCUGCCAACACCUUGAUCUGGGACUUCUACCCUCCAGAAUGGCAGGAUAAUAAAUUUCUGUUGUUUAAGCCUCCCAGUUUGUGGUCCUCUGUUAUGGCAGCCCUAGUAAAGGAAUGAAUACACUGUCACCCUGGGGCUUUGUAGGCAUUUGUUUAUGAAAAAUAGAGCUGAGAAUAAAGUUUAAACAUUCAACUGUUCCUUGCCAUGUAAACGGACCAUCAUCUACUCUGACCUUGACAUAGCUCACUUGUUGCCAGUGAUGAAGUCCAAUUUUCAUGAACAAAACAUUCAGUUGCAUUUUGCCUGUCACGUGGAGACAAAAUCAUGGAAGCAAGCUGGCCUUUCUCCCCACAAGAGUGGGGAGAGCUGGCUUUUUUCUUAAGUGGCAUCCUUUCCUCUAGUGGAGCUGCUGUGGCCUUAAAAUGAAGAUGCCUGGACAUCCAUGGCACCAACCAAUCUGUGAUUCUUUUAAUUUGGUAAAAUACACAUAACAUAAAAUCUACCAUCUUAACCAUUUUUAAGUGUACAGGUCAGUUGUUUCAAGUACCUUCACAAUGUCGUGUGGUCAGUCUCCAGAACUCUCUUACCAUCUUGCAAAACUUAAACUCUAUAACGCUUAAACAGUAACUCCCCGUUCCCCUCUACCCCAGCCCACGGCAAUCACCAUUCUACCUUCUAGCCCUAUGAGACCGACUACUCUCGGUACCCCGUAAAAGUGGAAUCAUGUAAUAUUUGACUUGUUGAGAGUGGUUUGUUUCCCUUAGCAUAAUGUCCUUGAGGUUCAUCCCUGUUGUAGCAUGUGUCAGAAUUUCCUUCCUUUUUAGGGCAGAAUAUUCCAUUGCUUGGGUGUACUACAUUUUGUUCUUCCAUUCAUUCAUUGUUGGAUACUUGGAUUGCUUCUACCUUUUGGCUAUUGUGAAUAAUGCUGCUAUGAACAUGGGUGUGAAAACAUCUCUUGGAGACUCUGCCUUCAAUUCUUUUGUGUAUAUACUCAGAAGUAAAAUUGCUGGAUAUAUGCUAA